AUGAGGUACAGGAGGCUUAACGAGAGCAAUCAGGCAGCCUUAUCACAUUUUGACCGCUUCUAUAUCCUCAGCUAUGGAUUGCCCAUCUGGUCUGCAACCAGGCUCGCUCUUCUUAGUCCUGAAACUAAAGUGGCCCUUGUCAACUUGUUCUUUUGCCGCCCAAACCAAUCGGCAGCAGCUACAGAUCACCACAACACCGAGGCGGUCUCACUUUCCGAACGCCAGGACUUCGUGAAUGAAGUGCUUGGCUCAUCAUUGAACGACUCGUCGAUCGAAGACGUUUCCCAAGCCACUAAAGUUUCAAGAAUUCUAGCUUCUAAAAAUGGCCUGUUUAACACAACUCGACGACUUCACCGGCUGGUAGCAAAACAACUUGCGAUAAGACGACAGGAGAUGGAGGCGAGUGUAAUGAAAAAAAAUGAUAAUUCUUUGAAAUUGGAUCUGAGAGAAGUUGGUGUACCAAACAUGAAGAUGUUUAGUCUUCUCCGUUCCUCAUUUCUCUCCGACUCCAAUCUUUGCUCCGAAUUUGUGCGUACCUCAACCGGAUUUUACACAGAGCACGGCCUUCUUUCUCGUGACUCAGAUAGGGCCUACACUCUCCUUUCUGAUGACUCCGACUUGUCCUCUUUAAAUGACGCUGAAAAACUGCAUUCCAGCUCGCAAGAUUCCAGCUCUUCUGCUGAUUCCUCUACUGCCUUCAAUCCCAUCUCAGAGGCCUGCGGUCCUAUUAAUGAUAAGCCUAUCCAGGAGACUCCUCGCCUGCCUCCCCCCGGCGCGUUCCGUAUUCUCACUAAACCGAAAGGCGAUCUUUCUGGUCUACCUAAACCCGAGUGUCAUGAUGGGCAAUUUGGUUAG